UCUCAGUUUCAUUCAUGAACCCACCAGUACUGAGACUCAUCGCCACGCUCUUAUCUUCCACUCAUUCUCAGUAGAUGUGCUGCUGAUAUAAAUAAAAAAAACAAUUAUUAUAAUUUUUCUUACAUCAGUUUGUUACUUUAAAAUAAAUGUGUGUGAAAUUAUGAUUGUGUUUACCAAGUAAUUGUGUGUCAAUUGUUUGAGUGUUUGAAUUUACUGAGAAGAAAAAAGUAAAAUUUUAAAUUCAAAUCUUGGAUUCACAUCAACUAGUUUUAAAAAAUACAAACUUACGAAGGUAACAUGGACAUCGAUUCACUUUACGAUUACGAUGAUGAGGACCAGGAUUUUUAUGAAGAAAGUCUUUUAACUCGAAAAAUCUACCCUAUUGAUCAUCGUGCAUUGAAACGUAAUCUACGGGGAACGAACGUGAGCUUCGGAUGUGGCAGUCUCAGUAGUGGUGAAGUAAUGAUGAUGAUGGCCAAAUAUAUGAAACAAGAGUCAACGUCAGAUGUUGAAGAUGAAAGUAUUAUGCCCAGAGUACCAGACAGAUUUACAUCAAUGCGAAAAGUUCCUUCACUUUCAGACCUCUCUGAUCCCGAUAGUUCAAUAGGUAAGUUUAAAUUAAAUUCAUCAAUUUCAUCGUCAUGCACGUACCGUUUCAAUAUUCCGGCGCAAGUACCACCUUUAACACCUGGUACAAACAAAAAAAUGACCGAGGCUUUAAAAGCCUCAUUUGCAUCCUGGGAGAAAGAGCAACUUCGUCUAAAUAUAACCAAAGAUCCGAGACAAUGGUCAGAAACAGCAGUAGCUAAUUGGCUCCAUUGGGCAAUUAGAGAAUUUUCACUAGAAGGUGUAGCAAUGCAACCUUGGCAAAAUAUGACCGGUAAACAAAUAUGUGCAAUGGGUAAAGAAUCAUUUAUUGCACGUGCUCCAGCAUUCAUGGGUGAUAUUCUUUGGGAGCAUUUGGAACUUCUACAAAAAGAAGAUGAAGUAGACAAAGCGUCAUUAGAAAACAUGCCAGCAAAUUUAUAUGAAAGUGUAUGUGUUCCUGACCUCGGCGAAUUUUUGGGUUAUCAAGGAGCCAAUAAUUCGGUAACAACACCAGUGACAACAACAACAAACCCACCGGAACUUAAGAGUCCAGCAACUCCAGCAAGUUCAAUUACCUCGACGUCAUCAAUAUCACGAAGCGGUCCACCGCAAUCGUCGAUUCAAUCACCAAUUCCCCCACAAAUUCCAAGGCCUUAUCACAAUGAUAGCGGUUACAGUCAUUUACGUAGUCCAGUAUGCCAAGAAGAAAAUCAAAGAGAUGAAAAUUCAUCACCGCCUCACAACCAUACCACUCAAUCUUCAAAUUCUCAUCCAACGACACCCAGUGGCAAUCAUAAUAAUAACAACAAUAACAAUAAUAAUAACAAUAACAAUGCAAGCAAUGCGUAUAUUCAUUUAAGAAAUUUAAACCAACUUAAAUCAGAAGCCAAUUAUGGGAAUCAUCAUAUACCAGAACACCUGCAAAGUGGUGGUGGUGCCAGUGAACUUGGUAGUAACGAAAAUGAUCUACGGGUAAGCAACCCAGCACCAACAGACAGUUACAUGACACCUGCACAUUAUUCUGGUUACGAUGACCCAUCGGAAUAUCAUAAUUUACCGGCAGAGCAUGGAAAUCCUCACACUUAUAAUCUUGAUAAUUCAUCUGAAUUUUAUGGUGCUAGUGGAAUACAAUUAGAGCCUAAAUAUCAACCACCACCGUUUAAAAAUUAUCCACGAGGACGGUAUCAUGAAGGAUACAACGAAAACUAUGGCCAAUAUGACACGACCCCUUUUCAAACCGUACCAGGCAGCGGGAAUGCCAAUUCCAGUGGUGGAAGUACAGUCGGUAAUGACCAAUGGACUGUCGGUCCACUCGGAGAACAUUUAUCUCAUCACCCAGCGUUUCUUACCGGUAUUGGUCCACGUGAUUCUUCAAAUCCUCAUCAUCCAGCUAAUAUUGGAAGUAAUUCCGAUCAAAAACCACUGCUACAAAGUGCAAUGUUAGCCGGAUACACUGGUGGAGGGCCAUGUUUUACUGGAUCAGGUCCAAUACAACUAUGGCAGUUUUUAUUAGAACUACUAACUGAUAAAUCGUGCCAAGGUUUCAUAUCAUGGACUGGAGAUGGUUGGGAAUUUAAACUGACAGAUCCAGAUGAAGUUGCUCGUCGUUGGGGAAUUCGCAAAAAUAAACCCAAAAUGAACUAUGAAAAAUUGAGUCGUGGACUUCGUUACUAUUAUGAUAAAAAUAUUAUACAUAAAACUGCUGGUAAACGAUACGUUUAUCGUUUCGUAUGUGAUCUACAAAGUCUCUUAGGAUAUAGUCCAGAAGAAUUACACGCAAUGGUGGAUUUGAAACCAGAAAAAAAGGAAGAAGACUGAAGUUUUUUCGUCCAAAAAAUAUAAAUUCAAAUAUUUAAAUUUAAAAAAUGAAAGUUUUUUCGUGCUAUCGUGAUAAACGAACGUAACAAUUAAAUUAAAUAUAUCAUUUAAUUUAUUAAGUAAUAAAUAAAUAAAAUAAAGUAAAACAGUGAAUACGUACCGCCAUAAUCGAUAUCAUCGAUAAUUGGCAAAAGAUUUAUAAAUCAGUCACUAAAAUAUAAAUAUUUAAAUAACAAAUAUGUUGUUGUUUUGACUGGAAUAUUAUUUUUUUUAUAAUAUAUAUUAUAAAGUGACAAACAAAAUUACAGUUAAAUUAUUUUUCACAAUUUA